AUGCCGGUCUCCCAUCCGCCGCAACCGCCUCCCCUGCGCCCUCCUUCGCCGCCGCCGCCGCCUCCCCCACGCCUCCUUCUUCUUCGCAGCUGUUGCCUCCCCCGCGCCUCCUUCCCCUUCGCAGCCGCUGCCUCCCCCGCGUCCUCCUUCCCUUUCGCAGCCACCGCCUCCCACGCGUACUCUCCUUUCCCUUCACCGCCGCCGCCUCCCCCGCACCCUCCUUCUCCUUCGCAGCCACCGCCUCCCCCAUGUCGUCGGGGGAGGGGGGGCGACGGUGGCGUGGCAGUGCACGGGAACCCGGCGUGGGCGGAGGUAGGGGCGCUGGCGCGGCGCGGGGCGCUGAACGCGCGGCGCGCUAAACGCACGGCGCUCCCCGAAGCUGCUGCUGACCCUGGGGAGCAAGGGGAGAGGGAGGGAGGCAUCUACAUGGCGCGCGUCGGGAGCGUCGUCGUCACCUCCGUCCACCAGCCGAGCCGUUGCGUGCUCGGGCUCGUUGACCGCCUCCUUAUCCUCUCGCGCGGCCACGCCGCCUACUGCGGCGACCCGCACCGCCUCGCCGACUUCCUCGCCGCAUUCGGGUGCCCCAUCCCCGCCGGCGAGACCCCCGCCGAGUUCGCCCUCGACGCCGUCCGCUCCUCGAGCCCGGCGCAUCGUCGUCGCUCGCCGAGUUCAACACCGCUGCCGCUGAAGGACGCGAUCACGGCAAGCAUCUCGCGGGGGAAGCUGGUAGAUGGAGGCGCGGGGGAGGCGGCGGCGGCGGUGAAGGAGGGCGCGGGGGAGGCGGUUGCGGCGGAUGGGAGACCGGCAUCGUGGUCGUGA